AUGUCAACGGAAUGGUUUUUUAUUCGAUCUGUAAAAAGUGGAAACGUUAUUGCAGCAAGCACAAACGAUCCAGAAACAGCAUUACGUUCGCAAGUGAUUGUUACUGUACCGACACUGUCUGAUACACAACUCUGGUGCUGGAAAGAUCAAUUUCUGUACAAUAAAGCAACCAAUUUAGUACUUGAUAUUCGUAAAGGUAAAUUAAGAUUGGUUGAAGACACCGAAAUUUGUCUGUACAGCGCCAAACCGUUAGCAGAAGCACAUAAUCAACUUUGGGGCGUUCGUCAAGAUGCUACCGACAUCUACGGCAGGUCACUUCCUGGUUCUUACAUAUUUUCUUCAUCCAGCAAUGAAUGGGUUUUGGAUAUCCAGUUUGCCCAUGAUGGCACUCAAAAACUGGUUUUAUUUCCCUUUCAAUCUAUCGAUAACGAAACUCAGCGCUGGCUCUUCGUUCCUGAAGGGCAACUAGAUCUUACUGUACCAAUCUCAGAAAUUCUAGCCUUAACAAAAAGACCUUCCUAUUCAUCCACAGCCUCUUCAGCAAGUAGUAUAAUAGUUACGCCGCCAGGAUCAGUGGCAUUUACAGACUAUCCAUCACCUGGGGUUGAGCUUGAAUAUCCUCAAGCACUUACUCCAGCUAAGCGUGGCUCUCAUUCUACAAUAUAUUCAGCUGAAGUAUUCAAAGACUACCAUUUCCGGGUAUAUCAAUCUCAAGACACUAAUAUUAGUGACAAAGGCAUUGCAAUGGCUGCUGCAUAUCACGUCUUCCAAAAUUGGAAAAUGGAUCAAAUCAGCGAUGAUAUAAUGGCAGACCUUCCUUCUUCAAGUGAGACCCGCGUACGCCUUCAAUAUCUGACAAAGAAUGAGGUUAUGAAAAUCUUAUCAAAUACACAAUUAUACCCUGCAAACAACAAAGAUAAUGCGUGUGCUUUGUCUGGCCGGCUUAUUACUCAACUUCUUAAACAAGCCUAUCUCAUCUGUACACAAACUUGCCUUCCCAAUUUAGCAAAGAUAAGACUUUCGACCUGUUUUUAUGACCUCACGAAGCAUAAAGACAAGAAAAGAGAUGUAUGUAAUUACAGAGUGUUUAGAGCCGCAUGUAUGAAGUGCUCAAGGAGCUUGAUUGGUGAACAAUUGGUCGGCCAUUUGGAUGCUAGCAGUGAGUCUGUAGGUUCGCAUAUUGAAAAUGAGUAUUCAACAUUGAAAGUUCACAUUGCUCACUACAUACAUUACCAAUUGUCCCUUGACUUUUUUAUUGAAUCAUGUUCAAGUAUGAAAUACGCAUGUGGUGAUUUUUCAAUAUCGCACAAAGACCUUUUGGUCCUUAAAGUUACUAGGCUAAUCUUUAUACUUAGUCAGUCCUUAUAA